UGCAACAACCACCAUAUAGUUUAUAGUUAUAAUAAAAUAAUACUACUCAAUGACAUUAAACGGUAAAUUUUAUGACUCAUAUGCUGAUGAAGCAUCAUGCAGACCAAUUUCAAAAUUUAAACUUGAAGAUGAACCAAAUGACCCAGAAGUUAUAAAGAAUUUAAUUUUGGAUGAGUUAUUACUAGAUGGUAAUGCAAAACAAAAUUUAGCAACAUUUUGUCAAACUGAUCUCGAAAAAAAUGUGCACGAAAUAAUGGAUAAAUGUAUAGAUAAAAACAUGAUCGAUAAAGAUGAAUAUCCACAAACUGCAGAGAUAGAGAAUAGAUGUGUCAACAUUAUUGCUGAUUUAUGGAACUCACCAAAUCCUACAGGUACUAUUGGAUGUUCAACUACUGGUUCAAGUGAAGCUGCAAUGUUGGGUGGUUUAGCAUUGAAAUGGAGAUGGAGAGAACAAAGAAAGAAAGAAGGUAAACCAACAGAUAAACCAAAUUUAAUUACUGGACCAGUUCAAAUUUGUUGGCAUAAAUUUGCACUUUAUUUCGAUAUCGAAUUAAGAGAAAUCCCAAUGGAACAAGAUCGUUACUUAAUGACACCUGAAGAGGUUUUGAAAAGAGUUGACGAGAACACCAUUGGUGUUGUACCAACUUUAGGUGUUACCUUUACCCUCCAAUACGAAGAUGUCAAGAGUAUUAGUGAUGCAUUGGAUCAAUAUCAAAAAGAAACUGGUAUCAAUAUUCCAAUUCACGUCGAUGCUGCUAGUGGUGGUUUUGUUGCUCCAUUUAUUCAACCAAAUAUCAUUUGGGACUUUAGAUUACCACGUGUAAAAUCCAUCAAUGCAUCAGGUCACAAAUAUGGUUUAUCACCAUUAGGUGUAGGCUGGGUUAUAUGGAGAGAAAAAGAAGAUUUACACAAUGAUUUGGUUUUUGAAGUCGAUUAUUUAGGUGGAUUAAUGAAAACCUUUACAUUAAACUUUUCAAGAUCUGCAGGUCCUAUCGUAUCUCAAUACUAUAACUUUAUUCGUCAUGGUAGAAAUGGAUUUGCAAAGAUUCACAAUGUCUGUGUUGGCCAUGGUAUAUUUAUAGGUGAACAAGUUAGCAAAUUAGGUAUUUUCGAUAUCAUUUAUGAUGGUAAAACAGGUCUCCCAGGUGUUGCAUGGACUUUAAAGAAGGAUGCCAAAGUUAAUUUCAAUUUAUACGAUCUUUCUGAAAGAAUGAAGAUUAGAGGAUGGCAAGUUGCUUCAUAUUUAUUAAAUAUUACAGAAAAAAACAUUGUUAUUCAAAGAGUAUUAGUUAGACAUGGUUUUAGUCGUGAUAUGGCCCAAUUGUUUAUUGAUGAUUUAAUUCGUAGCAUAGAUUAUUUACAAAAACAUCCAUUGGCUUCAAAUAUUGAUCAUGCUGAUGGUCAAAGCUUUCAUCAUUAAAAAAUAAAUAAAAUAAACAAAAUAAAAAAAUCAUUUAGUUUUAUGGUUUUCUUUUCAAAUAUUAAAAAAACAAUUUUAAAUAAAUAAAGUUAAAAAAAUUUUAAUU